UGCACAAUUGAAUAUUGUUGCUCAAGUGUUUGAAGAAUUAAUAGAUCAUACAUUUUAUAUAUAUAUAUAUAUCUUGAUAACUUUUCUUGCUGCAUCACAAUGGAGUUCCCAGAGACUGGCAAACACUGUUCAGUGAAAGACUGUAAAUUAUUGGAUUUUUUGCCAUUUGUGUGCGAACAUUGUCAGGCCACUUUUUGUAAAGAACACUUUCAUAUGGUGUUGCACGAGUGUUUAAAAACGGAAAAUGCAAAACUUCCCGUAGGAAAAUCAAUAAAUUUUCUAUGCUGUAAAGAGUUCUGCAAGGAAACAUCAUUGAUCGAGAUGCCCUGCAUCAAGUGUAAACAGCAUUUUUGUUUGACACACAGGCAUCAUGGAUGCUUGGAGUUGACUGAAAUAGAGAAAACCCAGAAACUGAAAAAAUGGCAAAUACCCAAGAAACAAUUUGCAGAAGCAAAAGCUGUUGUAGAUCAACAAAUUGCAGACAGCUUGAGGAAAUCCAAGAAUACGGCAAUGGCAAAUAAGGUACAACUCAUGCGUGUGAAAGGUUCUGCAAUUGGUCCUAAAAAUAUAGCAACGAGUGAGAGAUGUUAUUUCCUUGUGCACUUGCCACUCACAUAUAAAAAUAAACACAUAGGCACAUCUAAAGGUGUCUUUGUUAACAUGCAGUGGACGAUUGGCAAAUGUAUAGAUUCAAUGGCAGAUACGCUUAAAGUUCCCACUAAUACUGAUCUAACUAUUAUGAAUAAAUUACAACUCUUCCAUCAUUCUAAUGGAGCUCUAAUACACGGUGAGAUGGAUACACCUUUAAUAAAAUUAUUUGAAGAUUCUACUAUUGUCGAUGGACAACGAGUUAUUCUAGAAUAUUCUAAUAAUGUACCUAUAGACACAUCAUUGUAUAAAUAAAUCUGUUGCUUAUUUUGUUAUAAUAAAAUUCCUUAUAUAUAA